AUGGAGGUCAAAAAGUUGCAUUGUACAGGGAAGAACCAUGAGCCAGAGAACCAUGUGAGACUGAAAGCAGAAGAGGAGCGCAUCAGGAAGGAGGAAGACAAGGCGAGGAAGGAGUUCAUCAAGCAGGAGUAUCUCAGGAGGAAGCAGCUGAAGCUGAUGGAGGACAUGGACACAGUCAUCAAACCCCGACCCGUCACCGGGGCCAAGCAGAGGCGGGGGCGGCCCAAGUCCGUCCAUCGUGACAGCAUGGACUCCCCGAAAACCCCCGUCAGAGCCGCUACAGGUUCACGACAACGUGUCUUUUCAGUCUCCAGCUUGUCCCUGGCCUCCCUCACCCUGGGAGACAGCGACAGCGUGCACUCGGAGAAGAGGACGCCGAGGCCGGAUUCUGCAGACGGCUUCCUGUCCCCGAGCCGCUCCAGCAGCAGGAACGGAGAAAAGGACUGGGAGAACGCGUCCACGACCUCCUCUGUGACAUCUAACACGGAGUACACAGGACCGAAGCUGUACAAGGAGCCGAGCGCCAAAUCCAACAAGCACAUCAUCCAGAACGCUCUGGCCCACUGCUGCCUCGCAGGGAAGGUCAACGAGGGGCAGAAGAACAAGAUCCUGGAGCAAAUGGAGAAAUCGGGGGCCAACAACUUCUUGGUCUUGUUCCGAGACGCCGGCUGCCAGUUCCGCUCCCUCUACACGUACUGCCCCGAGACGGAGGAGAGCAACAAGCUGGCGGGCAUCGGCCCCAAAGGCAUCACGCGCAAGAUGAUCGACGGCCUCUACAAGUACAACUCGGACAAGAAGCAGUUCAGCCAGAUACCAGCCAAGACCAUGUCGGCCAGCGUGGACGCCGUGACCAUCCACAACCACCUCUGGCAAACCAAGAAGCCAGCCACCCCGAAAAAAGUAGUGCCUGCUCAGUCCUAAUGGAACUUGACUUCCCAAAUGUCAUCUCCCCUUCAAGUGGAACAAACUCAUUUCAAUUUGCACUUCACUGUACAUAUCCAUGAAGAUUCAAGCACCUGCAACGCCAGUUAGAUGAAUGCAUAUCCGUCUGUUUGUCCGUCCUCUCAUUGCAUUCCCGUCCUCUUCGUUCUCUUCACUCUGGACCGGACGUCAAAGAUUCUGAACGACUGGAAUGUACGCCACUGUGGAGGAAUAAUGUAAAUGCUUACUCCGUUUGUA